GCAGCAGGAAGCCACCAUCUGCACGAGCAGGUAGUGGUCCCUAGGCUGUUCGCCAACCCCUGCCCUACCUACAACCUCCCGGAGCAAGAUGCUGGGUGGCCUGAAAAAUCAGGGGCCACAACAGAUGAAUGGGAAAACAAAGCAGUGCUGAGUGUCCACUGAGGUCAACGAGAUCUGCCGCCUGGAAGCUGGAACCCCACAAUGAUGGCCCACGGUGUCCUCCUGAUCCUGCUUGGGUUGCUGCUGCAGCCGGAACCUGGGACAGCCUCUUAUCCCCUGCUCAUGGACCUCGUCAUCAAGGCCCUGGAGGACCUGGAGCAGAAGGCACUGGCCACUGAGGCCACACCUAGGGCCUUCUCAUCUCUCCUGUCAGUCCAGAAGACCAGGGCCCACGACCUCUUCCACAGCUUCCUAUUUGAGAGGCAGGAUCUCAAGGUCAUCAAACUGGGUCCUGACUCACUGAGCCCAGAGCUGCAAGGCCUGUUGGAGAGAGUGACCCAGCAUGGUGUACAGGAUGGGCAGGAGCAUGGGGUGGUGUUAGCACCCGAUGGCUCGACUGUGGCUGUGCAGCCGCUGUUGGCUGGGCUGGAGGCGGGGCUACAGGGGCGCAGAAUGGUGAACUUACCCUUGAAUAGCACAGUGUUCCCUUGGGAUGCCAGAACCAUCUCCCCAGGACUCGGAGUGGCCUCUCCAGAUGUCACCUCUCCAAAUGGGGAAGACGCCUGGCCAGAGGCCAACGCCACGCUCCCCACCAGUGUGGACAGCCUGCUGGCCAUCACUCUGGCCAGAGACCUGGGCCUCACCUUUCUCCAGAACACCCAGACCCAGGGCCAUCCAGGCCUGGGAAGUGAGGGCUGCUGGGACCAGCUCUCUGCCCCUCAGACCUUCACCCUUCUGGAGCCCAAAGCCUCACCGCUCACCGCGGCCUUCCUUAACGGUGCCCUGGACGGGGUCCUCCUGGGAGACUACUUGAGUCGGACCCCAGAGCCUCGACCACCCCUCAGCCUCCUGUUGAGCCAGUACUACGGCGGCGGCGCUGGCGUGGCCAGGGAGCCGAAGCUUCGCAGCAAUUUCCGGCGGCAGAAUGCAGCUGCCCUGACCUCAGCCGCCACUCUGGCCCAGGAGGUGUUGGGGGCCCUCCUCCUGUUACAGAGACUGGAGCCCACACACCCCCAGCUGAAGGACACGAACCUAGGUCAGAUGACUCGAGUAGCCAGGCAUGCCUCCAAGGAGUUCACCGAGGCUUUCUUGGAGUGCCCAGCUAUCCAUCCACGCUGCCGCUGGGGAGCGGAGCCCUACCAAGGCCAGCCGACGCCUCUGAAGUUGCCGCUCGGCUUCCUCUAUGUGCACCACACCUACAUACCCGCGCCGCCCUGCACCAGCUUCUCGCACUGCGCCACCAACAUGCGCAGCAUGCAGCGAUACCACCAAAAAGAUCGCGGCUGGGACGACAUCGGUUACAGUUUCGUGGUGGGCUCGGACGGCUACGUGUACGAGGGCCGCGGCUGGCACAAAGUGGGCGCUCACACGCUUGGCCACAACUCCCGCGGCUUCGGGGUGGCCAUCGUGGGCAACUACACGGCAGAGUUGCCCACCGAGACUGCGCUGCGCGCCGUGCGGGACGAGCUCCCCCGCUGCGCGCUGCGCUCCGGCUACCUGCGACCUGACUACAAGGUGCUUGGCCACCGCCAGCUCGUGAACACCCUGUGCCCAGGCGAAGCACUCUUCAACCUGCUCCGCACUUGGCCGCGCUUCGCCUCGGACGUGAAGCAAAGAGCUGCUAGGGGGGCCUCCUUGAAGAGGCCCAGAGACGAGCCACGGCCAGCCCUACUGGAGACAGACUCUCAAUAAACAGACCCUGCAAAGA